ACUAUACCAGAAGCUGAAUUAUCUGUAGGUUAAUCGUCUUACAGCUACUUCUUUUACUUAUGCAGAUAGAUGCUUAGAUAUUAUGAUAUUUUUCCAGUUGCAGUGGAAGAAAGAAGACAUUUUGUCAAGGUUUCUGCAAAUAUCUGGUACAAAUCCAAAGUAUUUGCGCGAUAUAAUAUUGAACUUCAUAAUAGCAGGCAAAGAUACAACAGCAAUUACCCUUUCUUGGUUCAUCUAUGUGCUAUGCAAGCACCCUCAUGUACAGGAGAAAGUAGCACAAGAGAUUAAAGAAUCAACAACCGAGAAAGAAAAUGCAACAGAUAUAACAGAUUUUGCUGCCAAUGUGAGUGAAGAUGCCCUAGAAAAGAUGCAAUGUCUUCAUGCAGCACUGACAGAGACUAUUAGGCUCUAUCCUGCAAUUCCAACGGAUCCAAAAAUAUGCUUUUCGGAUGAUACCUUACCAGAUGGAUUCAGUGUGAACAAAGGAGACAUGGUGUCUUACCUACCAUAUGCAAUGGGAAGAAUGAAAUUCAUAUGGGGUGAUGAUGCAGAAGAAUAUAAACCAGGGAGAUGGCUUGAUCACGAUGGUUUCUUCAGGCAUGAGAGCCCCUUCAAAUUUACUGCUUUCCAGGCAGGGCCGAGGAUCUGA